CAACUUCUCGUCGACACACCACUUCAGAUUAUUUCAGGCUGGAUACGACAAGCAGCUUUUACAAGAACAUGGCUCUCCUGUGCAGAACAUUCGCAACCUUGUUUCUUCACCUCUGCCUCCUCAACUGGACCGCGUGGGCCAAGGUAGAGCUGACUAUGCAUAAGGCUGUUGAGGUGUACCUGGGUGAGUCGGCUCAGAUCCCCUGCCAGUACAACUUCACUGAUGCCGACAACGAGCCCGGCUUUGUCAUGAUCCAAUGGUUUGUGACAGCUGCAGGGAACAGCGCACGGAAACGGAUCUUCUACGGCGAUGGCAGUCAGCAGAUAGUAGACAAUAACACAGACUACAGCGGUCGCAUCGAGGUGACCCCAGACCAGCAGGUUACUCGACUCACCAUCAAUGAUGUCCAGCUCCAUGAUGAGAGAGAAUUCUUCUGCCAGGUUAAUGGGCUGGCUGCCGGGAACGCUGAGGGAAAGACCCACCUCAGAGUGUUUGCUCCUCCAGAGGCUCCAGUGAUCGAGGGUGUCCUGACUGGAAUAUCCAUGACCAACGAGGGUCCAUCUAAGGUUGCUUCAUGUGAGGUUCGCAACGGCUUCCCUAAACCCAACAUCACAUGGUACAAGAACGCCACGCCACUGGUGUCUGCUCCAGGACAUGUAAACGUGUUGAUCCUGGUAACCCAGCAGUCAAGUAGCUUAUUCUCCGUUCAGAGCACACUGGAGUACAAGGUGGUUAAGGAAGACAAGGAUUCCCUUUUCUCCUGUGAGGUCAUUUUUGUCCCUGGAGCCAUCAGGACAGUAGAGUCCAACAGCAUCAACAUCACUGUCCACUACCCCACCACCAUGGUGGAGCUGUGGAAGGAGUCGCCCCAGGGCUUGGUCAAAGAGGGGGAUACUGUGGGGCUGCGUUGCCAGGGGGAUGGCAACCCCCCGCCGUCCUUCAUUUUCAACAGAGAACAAGAGCUGGAUGUGGACUUGGAGAGCAACAAGGCUGAUGUGUUGAUGCUGUCACCUGUGUCACGAAAAGACAGUGGCAUCUACCAGUGUCGCCCUCUGGACACCGACGACUCCUCCGAAGUCAAAGGAGAAAUGCAGCUCACUGUGCACUAUUUGGACCCAGCUGUGGUGGUACCUAAAGACUCAGAGCUCAUGCUCAAAGGAGAGGAUCUGACUGCAACCUGCAACGCUCUGUCUUCACUGAAAACAGCCACUGUCUGGUAUAAGAAUGGGAAGCAGGUGGGUAAGGGGAACACAUUGCAUCUGAAGGAUGCCACCUAUGAUGCAACAGGAGAGUACAUAUGUGAGGUGACCGUUCCCUCUCUGCCCGCCCUGCACACCAGCGGCUCCGUUCACAUCAUCGUCCAAGGUGGUCCCCAGUUGGUGGGAGUGGAGCAGGAGGUGCGGUUGGAGGAGGCAACAGGCAGGAUGGUGAACCUUAGCUGUGAAGCUCAAGGCCAUCCGCUGCCCAGCAUCUCCUGGAACAUAAUCGGCAGCCAGAACUGGAACGAGGUGGUGAGCAAGGCAAACGAGCACAUGACUCGCAGCGUGGUGUCAGUCAAAGUCACCUCAGAUAUCAGCGCUUCGUGCAACGCUUCCAACGACAUGGGGACGGAGAUCAAGGCGUUCAUCAUCAAAGCCAUUCCCAGAGUUACUUCAGCUGCUCCCUUCUCUCCUGCUGAGGGCAGCGGGGUGAUCAUAGUGGUAAUCAUUCUGGGUCUGCUGCUGCUCGCCAUCCUCGGCAGCAUUCUCUACUUUCUGCAUAAGAAGGGGAAGAUCCCCUGUGGUCGCUCGGGGAAACAGGAAAUCACCAAAGAGAAGACCACCAAAGAUGACAUUGUUGUGGAGAUGAAGACCAACACAAAGAAUGAAGAAGCUGUCCUCCUGAAGGCUGUCAAUGGAGACAACAAGGGCCCUAACGGCCAGUAAAGUCCCCGAUGGUUCAGCAGUGAUGUUGUGCAGCAGGAGGCAGCACACGUGAAGCCAGCAGUCAGUGUGUGUGUGUGUGUGUGUGUGUGUUUGUUUGAUGCACCCACUGAUCUGGGACCUGCAGGGUGACGCCACCUCAGAGUCCGGACAUUCCCCCCCCCAUCAUGCUUUUUAUUCUCAACAGUAUUCUGUAGAUUUAAACACACACACACACACACACACACACACACACACACACGUACACAUGUGUAUUUCUUUUUGAAUGUAUGUUUGCUGACAUUCAUUUGUUUUGUACUAUUUCCUCAAACUGUGUUCAGCUGUUGUUCAGCGUGUUUGUGCGAUGGUGUCUCCCCCUUUUUUUAUGAAAGUGUAUAUAUUAUAUAUAUUUUGUUAUUUAAGAUAUUUUGGCACUCAGAUUAUCAUUUCACGUUAGCCUCUGGGUCAUGUGCACGUUAAUCCGUGUUCACGGAGUCCAGGUGAGUUUGAGGACGGGACAUGAUGUCAGAGGCCAAACACCAGCUGCUCUUUGCUGUCACAUUGAGGGAAGGCUCGCCGGUGUGUUCGCUUCACUUUGUUUUAUGAUUGGGACCAAUAUGUCGAGAAAGUAAUGUUGACGUUUACCAAAACAUGACAAAUACUGAGGUGUUUUUCUUUUGAAACGCAGGAUAAUACUCACAUCAUCGAUAAAAACUGUCAAUCGAACACACUCGCAGCCUUCCUUUGCAAACCGCUGUGAAUCACUUGUACUGUUUGUAAAUACAUGGUAGUGUACAGACCUGCUAGGGGUGACUUUGGGCUGUAAUUGAUGGUGAAAAGGUCAAAGGUUAGAGAUCUGAUGUGCCUGUUUUUGAGAAUCAUCAUACACUGAGUUUGUUGUGAUUUUUGGUUUGCUCUGUGUGUUUUCUGAGUUUUUUCCACUGAGAGCUUGUUGGGUCUGGAGAAGUGUUCCAGUGUUUGUAUGUUUACUCCGGAUGACACACACAGGACCGGCUGCACGCUGUUCAGUCUUUAACCUUCCAGGCAGCCGUACUUUCCCCUUUUGUUUUUGUACGGUUUCAGACACUUAAAACUCGCUUUGCUUCGAUAAUCCCUCACAAAGAACAUUUAGUUGGAUUCCAUCCAUGGAUACGUUUGUUCUGAAUUAUUCACGAAACUACAUCAUGAAUCUUUAACGACAGUAAAAGUCGACGUGGCGGAUUACUGAAGUCAUUCAGUAAGUUUUAAAGGUGUUAUUUAAAUGUGAACUGAAUGUGAAGCUGUGGAAGGUCGCGACAUCUCUCUCUCCCCAGUUUGCCAUGUUUUAUCAUGACAUUCAAAAAAAUAAGUUGUUUAUUAUCGCGUAUUGUCGUUUUGAAGGCAUUUCCAGAAUUCCAUCAGACUCUUCGAAACCAAGAUCAACAAAAAAACUCAAUUUUUACCAUAUUUUUCAUCUUCUGUGUUUUUGGUCCCGUUGUCUCUACACAAAAACAACCAUCUUCUCAACAUAUAAGUUCAAACUAAGCAUCACAAUUGCCGGAGGGUUUUUUUGGAGGAAAAAGAGUGUAUCUUGGAAAGAAUGGUGACAAAAUGUAUCCAUUAUGUCCAGAUGGCCUGUUUUAGCCAGAGGGGGGGAGGGGGAGGAGUCUUUGACAAUUCUUGAAAUACUUUCUGAGCAGCAGUCAGUGUUUUUAAAGAUUUAUUAUUCAGCCAAAUGGAUAUUUGAAUGCCAUGAUAACAGAGGAGAGGCACAGACUGCAGGAAAAGGAUCUGCCUGAUUGAUCGUGAAUCCGCUGAAACAUGCAACACUGGUCUGCGUCUCCAGGGGCCCGUGUUGUAAAUAUGAUGUACUGGUUGCUCACUGUGUAGGAUUUUGUGAAAAGAGACAUUUUGCCCAGAUGACUUGCAACGUUAACAAAGUAAUGAUGUUUUCUGUUUUCUCCACUGAGUCGAGGUGUUAAAGUUGAAGAAAAUCGUCUGGGUUCAGGAAGUCCUCAGGCAAGAAGUGUGUUCCUCAUGUGCAGUGCGAUGCCGUAGUCAUGGUUUCGAGGCCACAAGCCGUCACAUUCGUGAUUAGACGCUUCAAUCUGCACCUCGUCUUUAAAUAAAAAAAUGUUUUAGCUAUUUUUCAACACAUUUGAAACUGAAUAUUGCGAUUGUUUUUUUCUUUGUUUUCCUAAAUGUGUGUAAAUUAAGUAUUGUACAUGUGAUUCUUUAAUGCUUGCGUUUAAAAAAAAUAUUUUUCGAAAGAAAAUAAUGCCAAAUAAAAAGGUUUCAUUUAAAAGAGA